AUGCGAAGAACCUGUGGCUGUGGUUCACCCCCAACGAGGUCCUUCCCCCCGGUUUUCACUCCUCCACCUUCCUCGCCCCGCUACCACCUUCUUAGGGUUUCCAGACAUCCGUCUCCCCAAUCCCACAGCAGGCCUCUGGGGCUGGGUGUUGGCCCCGGCAGCAGUGGCCUACCGAAGGACACACUCCCUCACCCUGUAGUUCAACCAAUGAACACCAACAUUUCUCCAAAGGAAUUUUGCUGGAAAACUAAGAGGAAACUAAAAAUAGACUCCAGGAAAUGUAAAGAUAUAAACACAGAAGAGAUUUUACAUCCUACGUAA